CUGGUUGUCCCUUUCUCUUUCUCCCCUCCCGCCAUCGUUCUUCUCGCUCCUCUGUUUUUCUCUCUAGGAACCCUAACCAGAGAGUUCGUGCCGAAAGUGAGGAGCGAGUAUGGCUUCAGCAGAGGAUAUGAAUCCAUUGAGCUUGAAGGUGCGUGAGCUGUUGAAGGAGGCCCAGCUCGACUACUCUGCUUCAACAACUAAGCUCGUAGAUGACACCGUUUCGGCCAUUAAAGAAGCAAUUGAUAAAAUACCUGAAGACUUAAAGGUUUCGGCUGAUGUGGCACCGGGUUUUGUCAGAGACAUUGGGGCGGACAAAGUUGAAUUCAAGUUCAAGAAGCCAAAAUCUAUAGAAAUUGGUGGUAGCUAUUCAAUGCGUUGCAUCACAAGGCCGGAUGUAAAUGUGGAUCUUUUUGUUCGAAUGCCAAAGGAAUGUUUCCAUGAGAAAGAUUAUUUGAAUCAUCGAUACCAUGCUAAAAGAUGCCUAUAUCUCUGCAUAAUAAAGAAGUAUCUAAAAUCUUCUUCAUUAAUUCAAAAGGUUGAAUGGUCCACAUUUCAGAAUGAGGCUAGAAAACCUGUAUUGGCUGUCUUUCCAGCCAUGAAGCUUGUUGAAGUUCCUGGGUUUUUUGUAAGAAUAAUUCCCACCGCGACAUCCUUGUUUAGUGUUUCGAAGUUGAACUUGAAGCGGAACAAUGUCCGGUCUCUAAAGCAAGAGGAGGGCGUUCUUCAAGCAACACCAAAGUACAAUAGUAGCAUUUUAGAGGACAUGCUCCUAGAAAAAUUUUCAGACUUCAUCAGAAGAAUUUUUCUCGGAUGGAAGGAACUAGGAGAGGCUCUAAUAUUGCUGAAAGUAUGGGCUCGGCAAAGAAGUUCAAUAUAUGCUCAUGAUUGCUUAAGUGGAUUCCUAAUCUCUGUCAUAGUAGCAUACCUUGCCACAGAAUCCAGCAGGAACUGUAUUAACAAUUCAAUGAAUGCAAUGCAGAUAUUUCGAGUCACAUUGGACUUCAUUGCCACUUCAAAAGUAUGGGAGAGUGGGCUUCUUUUUCGGCCUCAAGGCGUACAGACUACUUCAAAAGAGGAAAGGAAGACAUAUUUACAAUCAUUUCCAGUAGUUGUAUGUGAUCCAUUUGCUGAAUAUAAUUGGGCAUUUCGCAUGACAAAGAGUGGUUUUCUAGAGCUCCGGGAUGAAGCUGCUUUGACACUUGGUUGCAUUAAUAAAUGUAGAGAUGGCGGAUUUGAUGAACUUUUUAUGACCAAGAUCGACUUUGCUGCUAAAUACGACUAUUGCAUAAGAUUGAACUUGAAGGGAAACAGUGAAGUUUAUGCAUUGGGAUUUUGCUUGGAUGAUGAGUGUUGGCGGUUGUAUGAGCAGAAGGUGCAUUUUCUAAUGCAUCAAGGAUUGGGCGAUAGAGCAAAGUUUGUCCGUGUUACCUGGAGUAACACCAUUUCAGAUUGCAAUAUCGAAGAUGGUCUAACAAUGUUUGAUAGAGAGGCAUUGCUCAUUGGAAUCUCAGUCAGCUCCGUAGAGAAUGCUCAGAGAAUGGUUGACAUUGGUCCAAGUCCUGAGAAUAAAGAUGAGGCUCUCAAAUUCCGGAAGUUUUGGGGAGAUAAGGCAGAGCUUCGAAGGUUUACAGAUGGUAGAAUUGCGGAAAGUACAUAUUGGGGAUGCAAGGAAAUGGAAAGAGAGCGAUGGAAGAGACAUCUCAUCAUAAAAAGCAUCACUGAGCAUGUCUUGUUACGGCAUCUUUCUUUGUCAAAAGGAAAUGUUAUGCACAUUGCAGAUCAACUUGAUUUUUGUUUGCUUCAUGGCACUGGAGAUUUUUCAGAUCCUAUAUCUUUUACUGGAAGUUUGCUUGAAGCAUUUGAAAUUCUUUCAAAACAUUUACGCCUUCUCAAUGACAUUCCUUUGAGGGUAUCUAGCGUGCAGCCUCUUGACCCAGCUUUCAGGUUCACGUCUGUGUCCCCUCCUGAACCUCAUCCUCUAGCUUAUGAAAAGGGUGUUGAUCUAAGAUUACAAAAGCUCACUUCAACCUGUAUACAGCCCCUGGAAGUUAUGAUUCAGUUGGAAGGUUCUGGAAACUGGCCAAUGGAUGAAGUGGCAAUUGAGAAGACUAAAUCUGCUUUCCUUCUCAAAAUUGGAGAAAGUCUCCAGAACAGCUGGGGAAUGACAUGCACUGCUACCGAAGAUGAUGUGGAUGUCUUUGUGUCUGGAUAUGCAUUUCGUCUCAAAAUUUUGCAUGAGAGAGGCCUAAGCUUGCUGAAAAAGCAAAUUGCAAGCGAUCAAGUGAAGCGGGUCUACUCUACUGAUAGGAAGCUUUUUGUUCGCGGGCAGCAUUCUAGUAUGAUUAAUGGUUUGCAGGGGCGUUACCCAAUAUAUGGACCAGUUGUUAGGAUCGCAAAACGUUGGGUUGCUGCACAUCUUUUUUCCACUUCCUUGGUGGAGGAGGCAAUUGAGCUGCUGGUUGCUUAUCUCUUUUUGAAGCCUCUGCCUUUUUAUGCUCCUUGCUCGCGAAUUACAGGAUUUCUAAGGUUUUUGCGGUUACUGUCAGAGUAUGACUGGACCUACUCUGCUUUAAAUAUUGAUAUAAAUGGUGAUUUGACUCCAGAUGAUGAAAAAGAGAUCAAUGAGAAUUUUUUGUCAAGUAGAAAAGCUUAUCAAGAAAGCACGCAAAAUCUAAACCCGGCCAUGUUCUUGGCCACAGCUUAUGACAAGGCAUCUGAAGCUUGGACUCGAUCAUCACCGAACUCCUCGGAGCUGAGACGACUGGUGGCCUAUGCACGAAGCAGUGCAAAUUUGUUGACCACACUCAUUUUGCGUGAUCAGGUUGAUGCGUACAGAUGGGAGUGCCUUCUCCGAACUCCUUUAAACAAUUACAACGCUGUUAUCCUUCUCCACAGGGACAGAUUACCUUACCCCCAACGGCUUCUCUUUCCCUCUGAAAUGAACCAAGGGAGGCAUGUGGUCCGCGGAAAUGCUAGCAAGAACUUCCAUCCCUUCAUUUUACCCGUUGGCACAAACGGGAGCUUAGAGGAGUUGAGGAGCUUAGAGGAGUUGAAAGAUAAGUUGAUGGUAGACUUCGAUCCACAGAGAUAUUUUGUGGGGGAUCUGGAGGCAAGUUUUACGAGAAAAAAAAAAAAAAAAAACUCUUUGAUAUUAAAUUCCACCAUCAAUGCUUUUCUUGCUGAUUUUUUUCUACAAUAUUUGUAGAAAGCGUUCCCUAGCACGUUCAAGGUUUGGUAUGAUUCCGUGGGGGGUGAUGCUAUAGGUUUGACAUUGGAGAGAUCUUGUUCCAAGAAGCGGGGACGAGAGGAAGAAGAAAAAGAUUUGAUUGACAUGCUAAAAACUGUUGGUGAGGUCGGGAAAGGGUUUGUGAGGAGUAUUUAUUUUCUUAAAGCACCGAGGUUGAGUAAUUAGAAGAUAUUAUAUAAUUACU